CACUGUAAGACCGAACAGUUAAGGUUUGAUAAAAAAAAAAGGUUGUAAUAACUUAAAAAUUGUAAAAAGUUCAUUGGUCUUAAAUAUUUUGCAUCAUGUGUACAAAAUUUUUAUUUUAAGUUUACAGUGCUCAACCACUUUAACUUAUUUUUGUCAUAGAACUCAAAAGUUUAACGGUUAACCGCCUGACGUCACACGCACGUGCGUACGAUGUACGUUCUUCGUCUUUACCCGGGAGAAAGUUCGCCAUUUUGGUUUGUUGGCCUCGAAUGCGUGCGUGGAGACAAUGGCAUUUAUAGCAAUAAAUUAAUAUAUUUUCUUCACGGAAAUUCACAGUGGGGGUUUCUGUGAAUUCUUUUAAUGAGACACGCGUUUUAGCAUGCAGCAGUUUUACGAAGAUCAUCGGACAAAGUUCUACUGUGUAUUGACCACGUUGUCUGCUGUAAUAUCGAUUUUGGUUUUGGCCGCGUUGAUCUGGUUAAAGCUGAAACAGCUAGCAAACAAACAGAGUUCUCAGUGUGGUAUGUAGAAAAACUAUUUACAAUAAUGGACACAUUUCUGUGAUUAAAAUGUGAAUAAAGACAGUGUACUUGGAACAUCCAGUUAAGCACAAAUCUAAUGGCUUGGAGGUGCAAACUUUGUUCUGCUGCCUUUGAUAAAAGGGCACAGACACUUGAACACUAUCGUUUACGUCAUAGCAGUGUCUCCUCAGUCAGUCAAUUACCCUGUCUCCAUGAUGACUGUGUCAGCACAUUUCAAUCUGUAAAUGCAUUAAAAAUACACAUAUCACGAAUACACACCCAGACGAAGCAUAGUGUAAAUCCAGUGGAAAGUGUUUCGUUCGUCUGUCCUAAAUGUGGUUUCAAGCAGCCAUUUAAUUAUAAAACUAUGCUCGGUCAUUUAAGGGCACAUUUGAAAAACCAUGAGAUGUUGGAUUGUCCAUUUAAAAAUUGUCACUAUCGCAGUAAUGUGUAUUCCUCUUUCAAUGCCCACAGAAGUAGGGAUCAUCCAGAUGCUGAUGCUCAUUUCUUAGAUUUUAAGAAUGAUAUUAUCUUAACAGAAACUGAAAACCCCACAAUGCUGGGUCAAGUUGAAGCAGCGGACUCCCCUGAGAAUCCUCCUGAGCUUGAAAGUCCUGACUAUAGUUCUGAUCAGUCUAGUUAUGACACUGGUGAAUUGCAAGCUCAACUGAAAAGCAACUUGUCGUCUUUGUUCUUGAAAAUGCAGUGUGUUCUUCACGUUUCAGAGACCGCUAUACAAGACAUAAUUGACAAUUUGGUGCAGAUAUUCUUACUGUCCAAACCUCUUGUGAGAGACUCCAUUAUGAUGGUUCUUCAAGAGCAUGAACAGUCAAUCAGUGAUGUCCUCAUUAAUGAAUUAGUGGAAGCUGUCAUGAAAAGUAAUGUUUUAGUCAGUGCCACUGAGGAAGGUGCAGAGCUGUCCACUGCUAAGAGAAGGAAAACAUUUGUGAGAAGCCACUACCCCCUUGUAUUGCCAGUCCAAUAUACUGUAGGUUUGAAUGAAUCUACAGUGGUAUAUGUCCCAGUACUACAAAUGCUUCAAGCUAUGUUUAAAAAUACUGAUGUUCUUCAAAAAAUUCAAGAAACCAACCCGUCACCACCAGGAAUGUACAUGUCUCAUGAAGAUGGAACAUAUUUCCAAGAAAACCAGUUACUUUCAGAAGCUGGAGAGCUGAAAUUUUCACUUAUUUUGUAUGUGGAUGACCUUGAAAUAGCAAAUCCUUUGGGCACAUCCAGAAAAAUUCACAAGCUUUGUGCAGUAUAUUGGUUGCUUGCAAACCUACCCAGUAAGUAUAGGUCCAGCCUACAUGUCAUACAGUUAGCACUGCUAUGCAAAGUAUCUGACGUGCAAAGGUGUGGUUAUGAAAGUAUUCUGUCACCUUUGUUGAAAGACUUGCAAACUCUUGAACAGGAUGGUAUUUUCAUUGAAACUCUUGGUCGGUGUGUUCGGGGCACCGUGUUGUGUGUUGCAGCUGAUAACUUGGCUGCUCAUGGUCUUGCAGGCUUUGUGCAGUCUUUCCGAGGACAAUAUGUCUGCAGAUUCUGUUGUUGUUCUACAGACCAAAUACAGAUCAGCGAAGUUUCAGAAGGAGAGUUCAGCAUGAGAACGAAAGAAACCCAUGACCUUCAUGUCCAAAAUGUUGUGCAGGGAGAAAAUGAAGCUCAUUUCGGUGUUGUGGAUGAGUGUCCUCUUAGCAAGGCCCUGCAGCAUUUUCAUACCGUUACAGGUUUCCCACCCGAUAUACUGCACGAUUUGUUUGAGGGUGUUGUGCCUGUUGAGUUAGCCUUGUGUAUCCGUGAAAUGAUUCGACUGAAGUAUUUCACACUUGAAUAUCUAAACACAAAAAUUCGCACAUUUCCCUAUCAGCAUUUUGAUAAGGUUGAUAAGCCACAGCCAAUCCCAAAGAAUUUUGUUUCCAAACUAAGUAUUGGAGGGAAUGGACAUGAAAAUUGCACUUUGCUAAGAUUAUUACCCUUGAUGAUAGGAAGUAAGGUUCCAGAAGGCGAUGAGACAUGGGCCAUAAUAAUGGACCUUAAAGAAAUUGUCCAGCUUGUGUUAUCUCCUUCUUUCACAGAGGAAUCCAUCCAGUACAUGCAAUCCAAAAUAACUGAUCACAGACAGGCUCUUAAAGCGGUGUUUCCAGACUUUAAGCUCAGACCAAAACACCAUUUCAUUGAACAUUAUCCCAAACUGACCAAGUGUUUUGGGCCUCUGGUUCAUCUAUGGACCAUGAGGUUCGAAGGGAAACAUCGUUUUUUCAAAAGGGUGAUUCAUGACACACAAAAUUUCAAAAAUGUCCUGAAGACUCUUGCUAAUAGGCAUCAGUUAAUGAUGGCUUUUCAUCUCAAUGCACCAUCUUUUUUCAAACCCCAAGUACAAGCCACCAGUGUUACUUCUGUGCAGGUUGCUACUCUGCCUCAAGUAGCAAAAGACUUCAUAAAAAGCAAGACAGACAGUCAAAAUAUAUACAACACAUCAGUUGUCUCUGUGCAUGGCACAGAUUAUGCUAAUGGAAUGUUUGUUUCUGUUGGACAGGCAGGAGGACUUCCUAAUUUUUGCAGGAUUGAACGUAUACUACUUGUAAAUAAUUCUGUUUCCUUUCUGUGCAGAAGCUACGAGUGCUGGUACAUUGAGCAUUUAAGAUCAUUUAAGCUGACAUCAUUGGACAACUUCUCUGUGCAUGAGCUAUCAGACCUAAAUGACACAGAAUGGAACCUCAGAACUUUUUCCUACAUGUCCAUACAUCCACAGACAUUGUGAGGAAGAUGACUUUAUCUUCACGUCCAGCAUCUGUGGAAGACCUAAAAAGAAAUAUAAAAGAGAAAUUUAAUCUCAACUUUGACUUUAUCCUAUCAUACCAAGAUCCAGACUUUGAUGGGCAGCUAUGUUCCCUUUUA